AUGGCCAACAGCAACACGAAUGGCGAGCACCGACCAUCUCCAUUCGAUAUGACGACCCUAGACGACGAGGUGAACGACGAGCAUUCGUUUCCUCCAGUAACACCUGGCCUUUCCAACUCCGAGUUCUCUGGUCGCAACCCCUUUUCUCAGCAUUUCAGCAACGGUUCAGCUGACAAUCCUGGCUCCUCGAGGCCGCAGCACAAUACGAGUGGCAGUCACACGAAUAGAGAAUCUCGACCCGGCUCGCCCACAGAUGCUGUGGAUGGUGCCUCUGGCGAGGAGCUUUUGCGUCGUCUUAGUCUGACGGGGCAGGGGCCAGCACACGCCGAUCUUACAGAUGUUGACCCUAGAGCAGCUCACCCGAACUUGGCCUUGGGAGGGCAUAUUAUUAGCGCCACCUUCACUGUACCUUAUAAGGUAGGGUACAGACCGAAUGCGGACUGGGACUUGAAAUCGAGGAGAGGCACAUCUGCGUUGUAUGAUUCACUCGCAUAUCUGGCUUCCACGGAGUCACCUUGGAACCACACUCUCGUAGGCUGGACAGGAGAGAUAGACCACGCUGAGCCAAAGAAUAGGACGGGUGCAAAUGGUGAGCUCAACUCAUCACUGCACGCACGUCCUCUCAACAAGUCUUCUGCACCUAUACCAACGGAUGCACGCUAUCAGAAGCAUGAUCAGUCGCACGAGCCUACAGAAGUACAUGUGAAAUUGGAGCAGCGUGCAAGGUUAGAGAAGCAACUUGAGCAGGUGCAAGGGGGCCGCGUGGUCCCGGUCUGGCUUCCCGAUGCUAUUGACGAUCAUGAUAGCUUCAUGCUCAAAGAUCAGCACCGAUGGAGACGGUACGGUGAGCACGAACUCUUUACGCUGUUCCACUACAAGACGAACGAGCCCUCCGAUGGUCGAAACUUGCGGAAAACAUGGGCCGACUACUACCGCAUGAAUCGCGCUUUCGCGGAUACGAUCAUGUCCAUCUACAAACCUGGCGAUGUCAUCAUCGUUCACGACUACCAGCUUCUACUAUUGCCAAGCCUCCUUCGUCAACGAAUCUCGACCAUCUAUGUCGGGUUCUUCCUGCACAUACCGUUCCCUAGUAGCGAAUACUACCGGUGCCUGACAAGGAGAAAGGAGAUCUUAGAAGGUGUACUCGGCGCGAACAUGAUUGGAUUCCAGGCUUUUAGCUACUCGAGACACUUUGCUUCGUGCUGCACAAGAAUACUCGGCUUCCAGUCCACGUCAGCAGGCGUUGAAGCUUUCGGCAGCCAUGUCGCCGUCGAUGUCUUCCCUAUUGGCAUCAAUGCAGUUCAGACUGCCAAGUCGGCAUUUGAGGAUGAAAAUGUGGAUCGAUGUAUCGCCAAGCUACGCCACAAGUACGAAGGCAAGAAGAUCAUCGUCGGUCGUGACCGUCUGGACUCAGUACGUGGUGUAGCGCAAAAGUUGCAAGCUUACGAGCUCUUCCUGGAACGGCAUCCUGAGUGGCACGAUCAAGUCGUGCUCAUUCAAGUCACAAGCCCGACAUCUAUCGAAGAGGCUGGAGACAAGGCUGAUAAAACCGCCAACAAAAUCUCGGAUCUGGUGGCGAGGAUUAAUGGCACGUACGGCUCGCUCGAGUUCACGCCUGUCAUGUAUUACCCACAAUACCUUGAUCAAGAUGAGUACUUUGCUCUGCUCCGGGUUGCCGAUCUUGGCCUCAUCACUAGCGUACGAGAUGGUAUGAACACGACUGCGCUGGAGUACGUCAUUGCUCAGCGAGAUCAUCAUGGCCCUCUCAUCAUAUCUGAGUUCUCUGGCACCGCAGGUAGCCUAGGAAAUGCCUUACACAUCAAUCCUUGGGAUCUGAGUGGCACAGCAGAUGCGAUCCAUAUUGCUCUGACAAUGUCUGAUGCCGAGAAGAAGUCUACACACGCACAACUCUACCGGCAUGUCACACGCAAUACUGUCCAAGCCUGGACGAAUAACUAUGUCAAACGGCUUCUGACCAAUCUGUCCUCCUUCGAUCAAUCUGGCGCGACACCCGCUCUCGACCGUACGAAACUACUAACCCAAUACCGUUCUGCUCAGCGCCGGCUAUUCAUGUUCGACUACGACGGUACUCUCACGCCAAUCGUGAAAGAUCCACAAGCCGCCAUUCCCUCCGACCGUGUCAUCCGCACACUGAAGACUCUCGCCUCUGAUCCCGCAAAUGCCGUCUGGAUCAUCUCUGGCCGAGAUCAGGGCUUCCUCGACGAGUGGAUGGGCCACAUCUCCGAACUAGGCCUGAGUGCUGAACAUGGCAGCUUCAUGCGCCAUCCCCACUCCAGCACGUGGGUCAACUUGACAGAGACCUUCGACAUGUCCUGGCAGUCUCACGUCAUGGAGAGUUUCGAGUACUUCACCGCCAAGACCCCUGGAUCUUUCAUCGAGCGCAAGAAGAUUGCCUUGACAUGGCACUAUCGUCGUGCGGAUGCUGAGUUUGGACCUUAUAUGGCUAGGGAGUGUCAAAGGCAUCUGGAGCAGACAGUAGCGAAGAAUUUCGAUGUCGAGGUCAUGACGGGCAAAGCAAAUCUGGAGGUGCGGCCGAAGUUUGUGAACAAGGGCGAGAUUGCGAAGAAGUUGGUCAAGGAGUUUGGCGAAGAUAUCGGGAGUCCUGCGCCUCCAGAAUUUGUGCUAUGCCUGGGCGACGACUUUACUGAUGAAGACAUGUUCCGCGCGCUCAACUCGUCGAAUCUGCCAUCCGAGCACGUCUUCGCCGUCACGGUCGGCGCAUCAUCGAAGCAGACCCUCGCACAAUGGCAUCUCCUCGAACCUUCGGACGUCGUUUCUGCCAUUGCGCUGCUCAAUGGGCAGUCUGAUCAAGGGAAUGUAGGUGCUGUGGCGGUGGUUGAAGGAUCUGUACCAGAGACCAGGCUGUGA